GUUGAAAUCAGGCGCAGAGUUCGACUUUCGACGACGAAGACAGCAGCGGCAUGACGAGCAUCAACCUCAGCGAAGGCGAGUGGCGGACCAAGCUCUCCAAGGAGCAGUUCCGCGUGCUGCGCGAGAAAGGCACGGAGCGCGCUGGCACGGGCGAGUACAACAAGCACUACGAAGAGGGCGUCUACCACUGCGCCGGCUGCGACGCGCCCUUGUACAAGUCGAGCCACAAGUUCGACUCGGGCUGCGGCUGGCCCGCGUUCUUCGACGCGCUUCCCGGUGCGAUCACGGCCAUCCCGGACGAAGAUGGCUACCGCGUCGAGAUUGUCUGCGCGGCUUGCGGCGGCCACAUGGGUCACGUCUUCAAGAACGAAGGCUUCAAGAACCCGACGAACGAGCGUCACUGCGUCAACAGCGUGUCGAUCCGCUUUGCGCCAGCCUAAUGCGACUUGUGUAUCCUCUCUACCGCGUUGAUGGUCGUCAAAGAGCCGCCUCCUUCGACAGCGCGCUCUCCACCCUCCACCUCUAGGGCUCCGUUGUAUAUCGCGGCAACGGCCAAGGCGAUAAGAAAAUACAUCUUAUAUACACACC